AUGGCCCCCAUUCGCAAAUCAAUGACGAAAACUGCCUCGGGCAGAGGUGCGAUAGCCAAACCUAGUGUCUUUGGUGACGAAUUUCGCACGAGCAAGAGGGAUAAGCGUCAGAUCAAGCAUGCUGCCCUCGUGUCUAAGAUCGAGAAAAACUCUCAAAAGACCCCCAAGCGUCGACGAGCAUCAAAAAAACUCGUCGCCAACCUCGAAUCUUUGGCCGAUGCCUUGCCCGAAGCUGAAGAAUCCAACGAUGCCGCCAGUCAAGUGAAUGUCAUCAAGCAGAAGACCCUGAGACACAAGCCAGGCGCCCUGAAGCGCCGGGAAAAAAUGGAAAGAUUGGAGCGCGACCGUUUCAACAAGAACCUGACCGAGAUGUCCAACAUCACAUCAGCUCCGGCUGCCAACAAUGGCGAGGCGAGUACCGAGUCGAACCCGACGGCCAGUCGGUGGUCGGCGCUCCGUAACUUCAUCUCACAGACGAUGGAACAGCAGCCUGUGUUCAAGACGAAUAAAUAA